CCACUAACUAACCAGCGCAUUUUCUUCCAGUUUGCUCAAUUCUUUUCCUCAAUUCAUUUCCUCAAUUCUUUUGUUUGAUUUUAUUGUACAAAAGUAACUAACUACUUAUACAAAAGUACUUAAUGUAUAGUUAGUUACAUAUGUAUAUGGAUCGCCACAAUUAACACCAUUGACGUACUAUAUUAACUUCAUUAUACCUAAUUAACCUCUAGCUUAACAAAAAAAACCCCCGAAAAUAUCACCGGAUAAAAAAGGACGAAGAAAAAGGGCAAAGAGCAAAGCGCAAAGCCACUUUUUGUCUACGGCAAUAUAUCUUACCGGCCGUAGAUGAAAGGCAUUAUUUACGGCUAAUGCAAUCAAUCCCGAUCAAGGUAGUAUUCAGCAGGGAUUAAAAACGUGGGAAUUGGCAGGGAGAAGGGCAUAACGCAUAUGAUUGACUCGGAAUGACCACUUCACAAUUUCUUUAUCCAGUUUCUAUAUUUAUAUUGCCUACACUACACUAUGUAGAAUCUCUUCGGUUAAUUACGAAUACUACAUCAUGCAUAGUUAUGCUAUACCUAGGUCUGUAUAACAUAUUAACUACCUACCCUAGGUACUACAUGGGAGAAAGUGACGAUGGUUGCAACUUCAAUGUUGGAAUCUUACCGAAUACUACAUAGAUACAUACACUACAUGCUACGCUGGCCCCAAGCGUUGGAAUCCAAGCUCUAGUUAUUUUUCCAAGUCGAAGGAAUAAUCCCACAAUGCCCAUAAUGCCAUCGUCAUGCUCGGGCACGUCCAGAUGGGAUCAGCGAACCGGGGAUUUACUUACGUUGGAGGUGCCACUCGCAGAUCACCAGAUCACGUACCCAGCCAG